CCGGAAUCCUAUCCUCAUAUUAUUAUAUGUCGUGUGUCAUCCACCGACUCGGCCGCGUGCCGUACCGCCAGGCAUGGGAUUGGCAGCAGCGCCUCAUCAAGGAGCGCUUCCAUGACGCUUCUCUCAGGAGCGCAUGCUUGAUGCUGGAACAUCCACGUGUGUACACCCUCGGUCGCGGUGCGUCCAUGGCGAACGUCAAGUUUGACCCAUCGGAACCAUCCGACUUUGAGCUCAUCAAGGUCGACCGCGGGGGCGAAGUCACGUACCACGGGCCAGGACAGUUGGUAGUGUACCCCAUCCUGAACCUGUCGCAGUCUCCAUUCAAGAAGGAUCUGCACUGGUACCUCCGACAAGUGGAGGAGGUGGUGAUUCAGACUCUUGGCCACUUUGACAUUCCUGGAGAGCGCGUCGACGGACUCACCGGCGUAUGGGUCCCCGACGCCCGCCACGCAUUCCCCAAGAGCAAGAUCGCCGCCGUGGGCACCCACGCCAGCAAGUGGGUCACCAUGCACGGCUUCGCCUUGAACGUCUCGACCGACCUCUCGGACUUCGACCGCAUUGUGCCGUGUGGCCUCCACGACAAAGCUGUGUCCAGCAUCCAGCACUUCCAUCCAACUGUCACCAUGGAGGACGUUCAAGAUGCCGUUGUAGCAUCCCUCACCAACGUAUUCGAGUUGCAACACGUCGAGACCACCACGGCACCACCAUAUCCGUCCGCACAGUAAACACAAUUAUAAUCUUUUCUCAAAUAUGUCCCAGCCAUUUUCGGUAAAAAAUUGAAGUUUUGAG